AUGGACGGUGAUAGGAGGAAAGGCUGCAGCGAUAACGUGCAUUAUGGACAAAAGGUUAGCAAAGAGUGGACUAAACCGUCGAAGAGGAAAAUUGGAAAAUAUUCUAAACGCUACGCCAAGGGCUACAAAACGAUGUAUCCGCAAAGCACUCGACUUCGAAACGGCGCCACCGACGACAUCGAUGAUUACAAUUUUCCCAUGAGUCCAAAGGCGAAGAUGAAUCACCACAACAACAGGGUCGGCAGAAACCUGAUAGCGCAAGUCUUAGAAACCAAGUGCAAGUGUCAUGGAGUUUCUGGAUCAUGCAACUUAAAGACGUGUUGGAAAGUGUUGCCACCAUUGACUCGUAUUGGACACAUACUGAAAAAUAAAUACAGCCGUGCUGCUGAGGUCCGAGCUCUUCAUGACAAUUCAGCUCGAUUUGAAUUUGAACCCGUAGCGCUAAUGGGUCGCAUAACCAGUGACGAUCUAGUGUUCAUAAAAAAGUCUCCGGACUACUGUACUGAAGAUCGCAGAGUCGGUUCGUUUGGCACGAGGGGGAGGGCAUGCAAUGCGUCUGAAAACUCGUACGCUGGAUGUGACAGCAUGUGCUGCGGCCGAGGCCACGAAACGCUGAAAGACGAAAUGGUGUACAACUGCCAAUGCAGAUAU